AUGCAAUGCGGGCUGUCUGCCGGUGAGGGAAGGAAGCGUGGAUUUGAAAGCUUGUGUGAGAGCGAUUCGGAUGAGGCAUCAGCAUGGUUGGACUCUGAUAGUGAUCAUGAUGCCUCAGCUUCGACUGUGCCCCCAGCUAAACAGCCGCGCAGUGGGCAAGAGCUACACGAGAGCUCCAGCUUACCCGUAACCCAACAGCAGUCCAUAUCCCCGCAAAUGGCCCCUAGUGCGUCUGCCUUGCCUGGCACACAUUCUCUGAGAGCUUCGCCGGUUGCCUUAUCCGAUCCCACACAUUGGGGUGCCAGCCACAGUCAGAAAGAGGUCGAUGCCGCCGAUGCGCUGCUGGAGCUGUCAACGAGUACUUCGUCUGUGGAGGCCGCCGGUGGCGGGGCCCGAGAACAAGGUGGGGAAGAGCCUCAACCGUCAACGUCUGCCGAAUCAACGCAAAGUGCUCGCCGUUUGCGAAAACGUCUUCCUGCAGCUGAACGCGCUGCAGCUGAGGUAUCAGCUGCUAUUGCUCUGGGGAAUUUGCCCACUUCAAGUCACCCGUUUGUUCGUCUACCGGUCGUAGACCAAUCUAAACUUUUGAGAAGUUUCAGCACCACAACUGCUGUAUGUGAAGGCUGGCUUACGGUAAAGCCGACCCUUUUGCUGUCUCGGGCGCGCGAGCACCUUGCAAAGCCCUCACUCACCCCCGAGGAAAUGGAAAAGCUAACCUACGAUGCUGAGCGGUUGUGCAAGUAUAUUGUGCACGCUACGUCCCCGGACAAACAUGCUCCUUCGCGUAUUGUUGCGGAGUACCUAGGGCUCCAAUUCCUGUGUAUGGACGUAAUUGUGGCAACUCUGCAGUUACUGGGGGAACCGGCGAGAGGACCCUGGUGGGAGAGAGUUACUGGCAAGAUCCGUCUUGACUUCUCUAGCCAGUGGCAACUGCUUGCUCCCCCGAAUGCUCCCGCGAAAACUCACUAUAGCAAUGUACUUUGUCGGGAGCUUAAUUUGGCGUUGCGACUUUUAAUGACAGGAAAGCGCCCUUCAGACGUCGACCUUAUCAAGAUUAAACGGAUGCUUUUCUGCUCGCAACUGUCUCCGCGGCGCUUUAGAGGUAGCGAAUUUGAUGCCUGGCGAAAUGACGGCAAACCCUUUUGUAGCCCAAAAGGUCCCGCCUGA